AUGGUGGUAGCUAUCUAUGGUACGGGUGGAAUUGGGAAGACCACCCUCGCCAAAGCUAUUUUCAAUAGCAUUGGCCCCAAAUUUCCGGCUCGUAGCUUUGUUGGUCCUGUUAAGGCAAAGGAGUUACGCAAAUUGGAGAAACGGAUUUUGAAAGACCUUUCAAGACAUGAUAUUCUUGUGGAAAGUGUUGACCAUGGUAAGGCACUGAUGAAAGCUCAUUUAAGAUCCAUUAGAGCACUUGUUAUCUUGGAUGAUGUUGACCAUUCCGGGCAACUAGAAGCCCUUAAUGUGGAUUCGCUUGCACCUGGGACUAGACUUAUCCUAACAUCCAGAGGAUUUGAGCAGAGUAUUGAGUUAUUGAGCUGGCAUGCAUUUCUCAGAAUAGAUCCUGAUGAUGACUAUGAAGACCGGUCUAUAAAGAUUGCAAAAUCUUGCCAGGGAAUUCCUCUUUUGCUUGAAGUAGCUGUAGCAUCCUUAUAUGACAAGACUGAAACCAGUUAUUGGGAUGAAUCUAUAAGGCAUUUAGAAAACAGUAUUGACCAGAACAUCCACAGGCGCCUCUGCGUAAGUACGCAAGGUCUUGAGUCUCAUGAAAUUGAAAUAUUUCUAGGCAUUGUCUGUUUUCUUGUUAGGAAAGAGAACCUGGAAACAACAUUGAGGUUCUGGGAAGCUAUUGGCCGUGCUCCAAACAGAGCCUUAGAGAAACUAAUUCAGAAUUCACUUGUUAGAAUAGGUCCCUGUAUCUCCUUUCGAAAGUAA